AGUCUGAGAGUUGGUUCAGGUAAAUCCAGCUCUCCCUCCCCCAGUCAUUUUAUUUAUUGCAAAAAAAAGAGGAGUCACAAAUGCUGCUGGAUGAUAUUGCAGGGAGAUGAAGCCCUUUCUUGUAAGAUCAUGGAUUAAAUGCCUCCUUUGGAAAUAACUGAGCCAGAUACAUCUCUUCCACUUUUCUUUAAAAUCCAUGUAAAACAAAAAAACAUUGGGAAUUGUACGUUGGAAACAUCAGUAAAGGGACAACAUUGACAAGGUGGAUAUUAUUUGGCUUUACAUACAAGGUAAUUCUUCUUUCGUGUGGAAUAAAACAAUAUAAAGGGCUGGAAGCAGGUGCUUCAGAUCUGUCUUGGUUUCCUAUAGAGAACGUUGGCUGACAGCCUCUCUUCCCUCGGCUUGGAAAGGAAUUGGAAGAGUGAGUUGUCUUAUUACACCAUGUGCCUUGAGAAUAUAAACUUCUGCUUCUUCCUCCAGGAGUGACCUUGUGUUUAUAACGCUGGAUGUAUUAAUCAUUGGCUCCAAGGUCUGGAGAGGACUCUACAUUGAAUAUGGUGCCUUAUACUUGCCUGCUGCUGCUAACCGCGUCAGCGCUACUGCUUUGCUGCUUUAUCACCUCUGUACAAGCAGACAGUGAGCCAGUCUUUGUCCGGAAGCCUGAUGACCAGAUCGGAAUAUCAGGUGGCGUGGCUUCUUUCGUAUGCCAGGCCACUGGGGACCCAAAGCCAAGGAUCACCUGGAUGAAAAAAGGGAAGAAAGUUAGUUCCCAACGCUUUGAGGUGAUUGAGUUUGAUGAUGGCUCAGGAUCUGUUCUUCGAAUACAGCCCCUCCGUGUUCACAGGGAUGAAGCAAUAUAUGAGUGCACCGCCACUAACAGUGUGGGCGAGAUUAACAGCAACGCCAAGCUAACAGUCCUCGAAGAGGAACAACUGCCCCAUGGGUUUCCCAUCAUUGACAUGGGCCCCCAGCUGAAGGUUGUAGAGAAGACUCGGACAGCUACAAUGCUGUGUGCAGCCAGUGGAAAUCCUGAUCCAGAGAUAUCCUGGUUUAAGGAUUUCCUUCCUGUAGACACAGCAACAAGUAAUGGGCGAAUUAAGCAACUCCGUUCAGGAGCUCUGCAGAUAGAGAACAGCGAGGAAUCUGACCAGGGGAAGUACGAAUGUGUAGCCACCAAUAGUGCUGGAACACGCUAUUCUGCUCCAGCUAACCUCUACGUGCGUGUCCGACGGGUUGCACCAAGGUUUUCCAUUCCUCCAAGUAACCAUGAAGUGAUGCCAGGGGGCAGUGUAAAUCUAACAUGUGUGGCAGUGGGUGCCCCUAUGCCCUAUGUCAAGUGGAUGGCUGGUCUUGAAGAGCUCACUAAAGAAGAUGAGAUGCCUGUGGGGCGUAAUGUCCUGGAAUUGACCAACAUCCGUGAAUCGUCCAACUAUACGUGCGUGGCUAUCUCCUCUCUGGGCAUGAUUGAGGCACAUGCACAAAUCACAGUAAAAGCUUUGCCAAAACCGCCUACAGAUGCCAUAGUGACAGAGACAACAGCUACUAGUGUUACUCUAACUUGGGAUUCUGGUAAUUCCGAGCCUGUUUCCUACUAUGUGAUUCAAUACAGACCCACAGCUUCAGAAGGACUAUUCCAGGAAGUAGAUGGCGUGGCAACAACUCGAUACAGUAUAGGUGGUCUCAGUCCCUUCUCAGAAUAUGUAUUCAGAAUAAUUGCCGUUAACAAUAUUGGCCGAGGACCCCCAAGUGAACUAAUAGGGGCUCAGACUGGAGAGCAGGCUCCUUCUAGCCCUCCACUGAAGGUCCAGGCCCGUAUGCUGAGUUCCAGUACUAUGAUAAUCCAGUGGGAUCCCCCAGAAGAAGCCAAUGGGCAAAUAAGAGGCUUUCGGGUAUACUAUACAACAGACCCCCACUUACCUUUUAGCAUGUGGCAGAAGCACAAUGUUGUUGAUAACCUUCUGACCACAAUUGGAGGACUAACCACAGGAACUACAUAUAGUAUCCGAGUGUUGGCCUUCACCUCUGUGGGGGAUGGUCCUCCAUCGGAAAUCAUUCAGGUCAAGACACAGCAAGGAGUCCCAGCCCAGCCCGUGGAUUUCCAGGGGGAAGCAGAAUCGGAUACACGUAUUAUGUUAACUUGGCUCCUUCCACCCCAGGAACGCAUCACCAAAUAUGAGUUGCUAUAUUGGGAAGGACAAGAUGGCCGACAGCAAAAAGUGACCUUUGACCCUGCCUCCUCUUAUGCGGUGGAAGGACUGAAGCCCGAUACUCUGUAUAAUUUUCGUCUGGCUGCCUGGUCUGACAUGGGUAUCGGCGUUUACACCCCACCCAUUCAAGCUAAGACUGCACAGUCCACACCUUCUGCCCCGCCGCAGGAUGUGGAGUGCACAAGCCUUAGCUCCACCUCAAUCCGGGUAAGUUGGGUACCCCCACCGGCCUCCAGCCGCAAUGGGGCCCUGACUCGCUACACACUGGCCUACCAAGCUGUAGCUGGGGAGGAUACAUCCCGGCAUGUGGUCGACAUCAUCCCGCCAAACUUUUCCAGUUGGGAGAUCAAGGAUCUAGAGAAAUGGACUGAGUACAGAGUGUGGGUGCGAGCUCAUACAGAUGUUGGGGCUGGGCCUGAGAGCUCCCCUGUCAUUGUGCGGACAGAUGAGGAUGUGCCCAGUGCACCUCCAAGGAAAGUAGAAGUGGAUUCAGUGAACUCAACAUCUGUGCAUGUGACCUGGAAGUCUCCUCUUCCAACUAAGCAACAUGGUCAGAUACGGGGCUACCAGGUGACAUACGUACGCCUAGAGGGUGGAGAACCACGUGGGAACCCUGUAAUUAAGGAUGUUAUGCUGGCUGAGGCUCAGUGGAGACCUGAGGAGACUGCAGAUCACGAUGCAGUAAUCACUGGGCUCACUCCAGAGACCACUUACUCCAUCACUGUAGCUGCUUACACAACCAAAGGAGAUGGAGCCAGAAGCAAACCCAAGAUUGUGAGCACCACUGGAGCUGUACCUGGCAAACCCUCUUUGAUGAUCAGUGUCACUGAACAGAAUACCGCACUGAUUCAAUGGCACCCACCAAGGGAGAUAGUAGGUGAACUGCUUGGAUACCGUAUGCAAUAUAAGCGUGUUGAUGAGGAGAGGUUCAUUACUAUGGACUUUGGGAAGAACGAGCACCAUUACACCGUGACUGGACUUCACAAGGGUGCCACAUACAUCUUCAAACUGGCUGCAAAAAACCGAGCCGGCACUGGGGCUGAGUAUGAGAAAGAAGUCUCUACACCAGAGGGUGUACCUAGUGGUUUCCCCCAGAACCUUCGAGUUGUAGGACUCACCACUUCCACUACAGAAGUGUCCUGGGAUCCUCCAGUGUUGGCGGAACGUAAUGGAAAGAUUACCAACUACACUGUGGUCUAUCGUGAUAUCAACAGCCAGCAGGAACUCACCAAUAUCACCCGCGACACACACAUAACACUGGUCAAUCUCAAGCCUGAUACUACGUAUGAUAUCAAGGUCAGGGCAAGGACAGGCAAGGGUAGUGGACCACUGAGCCCAAGUAUUCAGUCACGUACCAUGCCGGUUGAUCAAGUCUUUGCUAAGAAUUUCAAAGUGAAUGCCGUGAUGAAAACAUCUGUCUUGCUAAGUUGGGAAGUUCCUGACUCCUAUAAACCAGCAGUGCCUUUCAAGAUUCUGUACAAUAACCAGAACGUGGAAGUGGAUGGACACUCAAUGCGUAAACUCAUCAGCAACCUUGAACCAGACACAGAGUAUUCUUUUGUGCUGAUGAACAGGGGGAGCAGUGCAGGAGGUCUACAACACCGCGUGUCUAUCCGUACGGCCCCUGAUGUUCUGCGGUCUAAGCCAUCUUCUGCAAGCAAAUAUAUGGAGGAAGGCAGGUUCACCCUUAUGUUGCCUCGGGUGCAAACCACUGCCCCAGUCAGAUGGUAUUAUAUAGUGGUUGUUCCACUAGACAGUUCCAGUAGUGGGCUGAGUGCUCGCUGGCAGAGCCCAGAAGAGAUGGAGCUAGAACAGAUUCUGGAAGCCAUUAACCAGGGGGGAUCCAGAAGGACCAGGCGUCAGGCCAGCAGGAACAAUCCAUAUAUAGCAGCUCGAAUCAACUCACUCCCAGAAUCUUUCACUUUGGGUGACAAUAAGGACUACAAUGGGUUCAUCAACAAACCACUGAACGCUGAUUUAAGCUACACCUGCUUUGUACUGGCUGCUCUAGAAGAUGGUGACACGAAGAAGUAUGCAGCCAGCCCGUACUCUGACGAUAUUGUGGUAGAAGUGUCGUCCACAGCUAAACAGCAGGAAGAACCUGAAAUGCUUUGGGUGAUGGGUCCAGUCCUGGCCGUUAUUCUUAUCAUCAUCAUAGUCAUCGCAAUUCUUCUGUUCAAAAGAAAAAGAACAAACUCACCUUCUGGCAAAGAUGAUCAGGCUGUUGGUCUAAAGGACUCUCUUCUAGCACAUUCGUCUGACCCUGUAGAAAUGAGAAGACUGAACUACCAGACCCCAGGCAUGAGGGACCAUCCACCCAUUCCAAUCUGUGACCUUGCAGACAAUAUUGAUAGACUGAAGGCCAACGAUGGACUUAAAUUCUCCCAGGAGUAUGAGUCCAUUGAUCCAGGUCAGCAGUUUACCUGGGAAAAUUCAAACAUGGAAGUAAACAAGCCAAAGAACCGCUAUGCAAAUGUCAUUGCUUAUGACCAUUCACGCGUCAUUCUUACCUCAGUGGAUGGUGUUCCUGGCAGUGAUUACAUCAAUGCUAACUACAUUGAUGGGUACAGGAAGCAAAAUGCAUAUAUUGCAACUCAGGGGCCACUGCCAGAGACCCUCAGUGACUUCUGGCGUUUGGUAUGGGAACAAAGAGCAAAUACCAUCGUCAUGAUGACCCGACUUGAAGAGAAAUCUAGGGUGAAAUGUGACCAGUACUGGCCAGGCCGUGGCUCAGAGACCUAUGGUAUGAUCCAAGUCACCUUGUUGGACACUGUAGAACUUGCCACAUAUACAGUAAGGACCUUUGCCCUCUACAAGAAUGGAUCCAGUGAGAAGAGAGAGAUUCGACAAUUUCAGUUCAUGGCUUGGCCAGAUCAUGGUGUUCCGGAAUACCCAACGCCAAUCCUUGCAUUCCUGCGCAGAGUGAAAGCUUGUAAUCCGCCUGAUGCUGGCCCUAUGGUGGUACACUGCAGUGCCGGUGUGGGUAGGACUGGGUGCUUUAUUGUAAUUGAUGCCAUGUUGGAAAGAGUGAAAAUAGAAAAAACAGUUGAUGUUUAUGGUCACGUGACCUGCAUGCGCGCACAACGAAACUACAUGGUACAGACAGAAGAUCAGUACAUCUUUAUCCAUGAGGCCUUGCUUGAAGCAGUAACAUGUGGGAACACAGAAGUGCCGGCACGCAGUCUGUUUGCACAUAUCCAGAAGCUGUCCCAAGUCCCACCGGGAGAGAGUGUCACCUCAAUGGAACUAGAGUUUAAGCUUUUGGCCAACUCUAAAGCUCACACAUCCCGAUUCAUCAGUGCCAAUCUCCCAUGCAACAAGUUCAAGAACCGGCUGGUGAACAUAAUGCCGUAUGAACUGAGCCGUGUUUGCCUCCAGCCUAUUCGCGGUGUUGAGGGUUCCGACUACAUCAAUGCCAGCUUUAUCGAUGGAUACAGGCAACAGAAAGGUUAUGUUGCCACUCAGGGUCCGCUGGCUGAGACUACAGAGGAUUUCUGGCGCAUGUUAUGGGAACAUAACUCCACAAUUGUUGUAAUGCUGACCAAACUGCGGGAAAUGGGAAGGGAGAAAUGCCAUCAGUACUGGCCUGCAGAGCGCUCCGCACGGUACCAGUAUUUUGUAGUAGACCCCAUGGCAGAGUAUAACAUGCCUCAGUACAUCCUGCGUGAGUUCAAGGUGACCGAUGCUCGGGAUGGACAGUCUCGAACAAUAAGGCAGUUCCAGUUCACAGACUGGCCAGAGCAAGGUGUGCCAAAAACUGGUGAAGGGUUCAUCGACUUCAUCGGACAAGUGCACAAAACCAAGGAGCAGUUUGGUCAGGACGGGCCUAUCACUGUUCACUGCAGUGCCGGAGUGGGGCGCACCGGUGUAUUCAUCACUCUCAGUAUAGUACUAGAGCGGAUGAGGUACGAGGGAGUGGUUGAUAUGUUCCAGACUGUGAAGACAUUGAGAACGCAGCGGCCAGCCAUGGUGCAAACAGAGGACCAGUAUCAACUGUGCUAUAGAGCCGCGCUGGAAUACUUGGGCAGCUUUGAUCACUAUGCAACAUAACUACCGCUUACCCUGCUAGGAGAGCUGGGAUUGAACUAACGGGGGACCAGGCAUUGGAGCAUAACGCUGUGCCGGGUAUUUUCUCUCGUACAGGCAAUGUUCCCAUCUCAAGAAAAUGCAAAGCUUUGCAAGACUUGCUUGGAAUUUCAGCACAACUCAUUAACUUCUCCCUUUCCAUUCCGGUCUUGCCUCUCUGGUCCCUCUAUGGCACACAGGAAAUUUAAAAAACAAAUCUUACUUUUUCUAUUGUUUUUAAUCAUUUCUUUUUUUUUUUAGAUUUUUUUUAAGUCUAAUCAGCAAGUUGUAUGUACUUGUUGGCAUUCCAGCUAAGGCAACACUUUUAAUUUUUAUUUUUCUGUUUGAACUUAUAUAUUUUUAUUAAAAAAAACUAUUUUGGAGCUGGGAGAAAUGAAAUAACUAAAAAAUAAGCAUAAAAAAGGUGCUGGUUAAGGAUCCGUGUGCUUUUGUGCUGGGACAAAAACCUUCAAUAACCACAAAAUGCUCUCGGUUAUGGUAAUGGAUUUUGGGUUAUGCUCAGUAAGCACCUUGUUUUAGUGGUAAAUAUCUGUGGAUGUACAAAAAGCCAAUGACAAGAGAGAAAUCUCUUAGCGACGCAGAAUCCAAAUGAAACCAAUAAUGAUUAUUGGUCUUACAAAGUAUGAAUGUUAGCUGAUACGUUUCAUCUCAUAUUUUCCUUCUCAUGAGCCACCGGUGUAAAUUCAGGGGUUAUGGAUCUAGAGGUUAAGUCAGAGGGACCAAGCUGUAAUAGCAUUGCUCAAUUUUAUUUUAAUCCUCUUUUUUUUUAAAUUUAUUUUUUUUUUAACUCUAGCUUUGAUUUUCACACUGUGUCAGAGCUCGCCUGGCGCGAGGGUCACACAAGGUUGGGGUGGAGGUUGGCAUUAAUGAUACAGAAAGCAAAGAUAUAGAAUAAAGAAUUUAGAGAGUUAUAUUUUUCUCUUAUCAAGUUAUAUUACUGUAGGAGUUUUUUUUUCUUUUCUUUUUGAAGAAAGCAUUUAAAGUGCCACCAAUGGAUUCCCUAUAUCCUGAAAAUAACGUUCAGAAUUAUGAAGAAACGCCUGGACUAUCUACUAAUCCAAUGUGGGGGGGGGGGGGGGCUGUACCUAACUUAAUUGGUACUCUGUAUUAAUACUACUUAAUAUUACUCCUGCAACAGAGGGUGCGGUUCCCUGGAUGCAGAACUAUGAAAUAAAGACGUGGGACAACUAAUUGAAUUGUACUACAAAAUGUAUUCGGUGUGAAGCCGGGAUAACUGCAGGGUCUAUAAUGUUGGAUAAGGCGAUCAUUUUUACCUUGUGUAUACAUUAGUGCUGUUAGGGGUCUGCUCUGUUGUAUACAGUAUGUUUUCUAUUUGUUAAUAAAAAUAAGAAAAUCAAUAAAAAAUAAAGACACAAAAUCUACUAAUACAGCAUCUUUGCCGAAAAUACUCAAUGUUAAUAAAUUUGAAUUAUCAGGUUUCUUAUAA